GUCGCGUUUCUCGGGCUCUGAUAAAGCCUUUGAUACGAUAACGAUCUAUAUAUAAUUAUGAUUGUGCAGAGAAUUGUGCUCUGAUUACGCAAAUUGCAAGUGACAACCGUCGGCAGAGCAUUCUCCGGCAGUGUUAAUUAGCGGCCAGUGGCGGAUAAAAAGCAUAUGCCAGUGACUCAAAUGAAGUCGUUUAUCAAAAGCCGUGUAAUUAGCAAAUGUCGCGACAUACAUAUGCUGGCCAAGCAUAAAAAAACCCGAAACAGCCACCAACAAGAAAUGUCAACGCAUGUGAAAGUUUAUUUAUCAAAAAAGUAAAAUAAAAAAAGAGUAAAAAAACAAGUGUGUGACAUAAAUAAUUGAUUUCAGUGAGGCGACAAAGAGCAACGCCACAAAUAUUUGCAUGCAACAAGUGUUUGCCAUAUGUCCGCCCGCUUCGGUUUCGAGUUCGAGUUCGGUUUCCCCCUGGGCGUAUUUUUUCAUGUGUUUAUUGUGCAAUUUACUCAAGUGACCCCAUGCACUUCCCCCUCGACUCGCUGCCCCAAGAUCCAUUGCUGGAUUUCCCUUUAAAUGCCACAACGAUAACACCAGUUCUGAAUCAUUUCGUAUAUCUCGCAGAGAGCAAGAACACACAAAGGGUGUUGUUUCGAAACAAGAAAGAACCCAACAGAAUGGGCUUCUCAUCGGCCCUCCAGAGCCGUGCCGCCCACGAGGCGUUGAUCGUGCGCCAGGACGCCGAGCUCCGCCUGAUGGAGACCAUGAAACGGUCCAUCCAGCUGAAGGCCAAGUGCGACAAGGAGUACGCCACACAACUGACAGCCGUGGCCCAGCAGGGCCUCAAAAUCGAUCGGGCAGACGAAGUGCAAAUGCAAGGUAGCCUUAUCACCAAAUCCUGGCGAUCUUACAUGGAUGAAGUGGACCAGCAGGCCAAACAAUUCAAAUACAAUGCCGAACAACUGGAAGUUGUUUGCGAAAAACUCUCACAUCUGUCGCAGGACAAGCGGAAAGCCCGGAAAGCCUAUCAGGAAGAGCAUGCGAAAAUUGCGGCCCGUCUGAAUCAUCUCACCGACGAGGUGGUUCGCAAGAAGACCGAAUAUCAGAAACAUUUGGAAGGCUACAAGGCUCUGCGCACGCGCUUCGAGGAGCACUAUAUUAAAGCUCCUGGACGCAGUGGCCGCAAACUGGACGAUGUCCGGGACAAGUAUCAGAAGGCCUGCCGCAAACUGCAUCUCACACACAACGAGUACGUGCUGUCCAUCACGGAAGCCAUCGAAGUGGAGAAGGAUUUCCGCACAGUUCUGCUGCCAGGUCUCCUCGAGCAUCAGCAGUCCGUCCAAGAGAGCUUCAUCCUGCUGUGGCGCAACAUCUUGCAGGAGGCGGCCCAGUACGGAGAUCUCACAGCCGACAAGUACAAGGAGAUACAAAAACGCAUCGACACUGUGAUAGGCAACAUCAAUCCGACGGAGGAGUAUGGCGAGUUUACCGAGAAACACAAGACCUCCCCCACAACGCCACUGAUUUUCCAAUUUGAUGAGACGCUCAUCGAGGAUAUUCCCGGAAAACUUCAGUCUAGCACCUUAACCGUCGACAAUCUUACGGUGGACUGGCUGCGAAACAGACUCUUGGAACUGGAGGGAGCGGUAAAGGACUGCCAGGAGAAGCAGCUGAAGAUGAUCGAGCAUGUGAAUGGAGGCUCGCCAGUGGCAAAUGGAAGUAUCAUUUCCAACGGCAGCAAUCACUCCAAUGGCAUUCAGUCCAACAAGGAUAGUCUGUGCCGGCAAUCAAAGGACCUGAAUGCCCUGCGCUGCCAGGAGAAGCAGAAACAGAAACUGGUGGACAUGAUCAAGUGCGCCCUGAACGAGGUGGGUUGCGAGGAGUUGCCCUCCGGAUGCGAUGAUCACCUGACCCUUGAGCAGAACUUUAUCGAAAACGGCUACAACAACGACCAGCAGCGCUCCAACUCCACCAGCUCUCCAGGGCUGGGCAUCAUGAACGAGCUGAUGCGGCGCGGUGGGGUCUUGACCCUCCUGCGCGGUAGGGGCCGUCACUUUAAGAGGAAGUCCACGCCCCAGCCGGCCACACCGAUGACCCGAUCCCGUCAAGGACGAUUCAACAAAAUGCAACCACGCUCCCAGAGCCUCGGAUCCUUGUCGGUAAUUAGGAAUGGGGAUGCGCAAAGUCCUGCACGUUACGAGACCAUUACUAACCAUCCCCUGCGUCUGGCGGCCAGUGUCCAUUACUUGGGCGAGGAGAUACCGCUGAGUGCCACGCCUCCCGCCCUGCCACGCCUUCGUCGCACCCAGUGUUCCAUGUUGUGUUUGGGCGAGGACGAAGAGCCUCUGCCGGAGGCUGAACCCGCUAAAAAUGUUGUUGUUGUUGCCUCGCCCGCCCCGCUCACCAAGCUAACCGCCGCAGUUCUUACUAACACUAACAACAAUCACAUAUACGCGGAUCUGGAGCUAAGUAGGAAGAUGCAGUCCACUCCCGAAAGCGAUGACGAGGAAGUGGAGGAGCCGCCGGCCAAAGGGGAACGAGUUCAAAUAGAAAUUAACCACAAUCAGCCGGUUCCACAGAACUCUAUUGACGCCCAUCUAGACAGGAUCGACGAGCUGAAUCGCAUGUUGGACGAUCGCCUGAAGCGAAACCUUCAUCCUGGCGAUGAUGAUGUAAAUGCCAUAGAGAGUGCCGAAGAGGGUCAAGUGCAAAAGCACAACCUGGCCAAGGAUGCCGACACCCACACCAAACGCAGUUCCAGCUCCAGUUCGGAGUGCCGCUCCUCCCAGCUCAGUUCCAAGGAAAUUGGUCACUCCAAGAAGCGUUCUCUAUCCUUCACCCAGAAAUCAAUCAGCAAUAUUCUUAGCAAUCUCAAGGAGUUCUCCAAGAGCCCUCUGGUGCGGAUGAGCAAAGCCACCACCCUGAAUGAGGAACAGGAUGUGGAGAAGCAUCCGCCCAGCCAGCAUUCCAGCAGCAGCGACUGCCAGGCCAACACCAGCAGCUCCAGUAGCCAAAGCUCGAGCAAUAACAAUAAUAACAAUACCAACAACAGUAGCAAUCACAACGCCUCUCAGUCCACGAUCAUCACGAGCACCAUUACCACAACUAUCACAACCACGACAACGACUUCGACGCCGUCCAAGGAAACCUCAAGACUGAAAUUCAAAGUGCCGAAGAUCCAGAAGAAAUCGAAAGCCAUUCGCAACACAUUCCGCUCCAAGCUGCUAAACUUCCAGCUGAAGAGGUCGAAGCCCUGCAAACAGUGCACCAAAAGGCGCCGCAUCCAUCCCAGCAAGAGUGUCUUCGAUUUUGCCCGGGAGUUCGAGAUGGAGAACCCCGAAGGAUCAGGCUCCAACGAUGACCAAUUUUGCAAUUGUCCACCACCGGAGCCGAAGGUAAAGCACUCCGUCCAAAUAACCGGCCACAAGGAGCGACCUUUCGAGUCCAGUUCCGGGGAGGUGGAGGAGCAUGAGGACCACGAUCCGGAUAACGAUGAUUCUGGCAGCGACGAUGUCCUCAGCAUGAAGGAUCACUGCUACUGUGUGCCCAGCCUGGCGGCCAGUAUAUCGCUCUCCACGAAUCGACCGCUCUACGAGGAGGAAUGGUUCCACGGCGUUCUGCCUCGCGAGGAAGUGGUCCGGCUCUUGAACAACGAUGGCGACUUCCUGGUCCGUGAAACCAUCCGCAACGAGGAGAGCCAAAUCGUACUGAGUGUCUGCUGGAACGGCCACAAGCACUUCAUUGUCCAGACCACCGGAGAGGGCAAUUUCCGAUUCGAAGGUCCACCCUUUGCCAGCAUCCAGGAGCUGAUCAUGCAUCAGUAUCACUCCGAGUUGCCCGUCACCGUCAAGUCCGGAGCCAUACUCCGGCGACCAGUUUGUCGAGAACGCUGGGAAUUAAGCAACGAUGAUGUGGUGUUGCUGGAAAGGAUUGGAAGGGGCAACUUUGGAGAUGUUUACAAAGCCAAGCUUAAGUCCACAAAGCUGGACGUGGCUGUAAAAACCUGCAGGAUGACCCUGCCUGAUGAACAGAAACGGAAAUUCCUUCAAGAGGGUCGCAUCCUUAAGCAAUACGAUCAUCCUAAUAUCGUUAAGCUUAUUGGCAUUUGUGUGCAAAAGCAGCCGAUAAUGAUUGUCAUGGAAUUGGUGCUGGGUGGUUCCUUGCUUACCUAUUUGCGUAAGAACUCCAAUGGCCUCUCCACCCGCCAACAGAUGGGAAUGUGCCGAGAUGCUGCUGCUGGCAUGCGAUAUCUAGAGUCGAAGAACUGCAUUCACCGAGAUUUGGCGGCGCGGAAUUGUCUGGUCGAUCUGGAGCACAGUGUUAAGAUUUCUGAUUUUGGAAUGUCACGCGAAGAAGAGGAAUAUAUAGUUUCCGAUGGCAUGAAACAAAUCCCCGUAAAAUGGACCGCCCCAGAGGCUUUGAACUUCGGAAAGUACACCUCCCUGUGCGAUGUUUGGUCCUACGGCAUAUUGAUGUGGGAGAUCUUCUCCAAGGGCGACACUCCCUACUCCGGCAUGAGUAAUUCAAGAGCGAGGGAGCGCAUUGAUACCGGAUAUCGCAUGCCAACGCCAGAAAAUACGCCGCCGGAAAUGUACAGGCUGAUGCUUAAAUGCUGGGCCGCCGAUGCCGAGUCCCGGCCGCAUUUCGAUGAAAUCUACAAUGUGGUCGAUGCCCUGAUCCUGCGCCUGGACAACAGCCACUGAGAUCCUGUGCAUUAGCAGCUACAUAAAUGUAUAUCGGCAACACUUAGCAUACUCAACGUAGGUUUAGUCAGCGCUUUUAAAGUACGUUACGUCCGAGGACUUCACAACGAGAUGCCUGUAUUUAUGAGAUACCAUUUACUUAUAUACAUUUUACCACAUAAACGAUAUUUAUAUAGAAACAUAUACAUACAUAUAUAUUUUCUAGCCAUGUAAAUGUAAAUUUCGAUACAAUAUGAUAUGUACUGUGUGUGUAUGCUUGACUGAAGAAAGUAUGUAAUGAAUCCUUAAUGUGCCAAAAACCGCGAGAAGAUCUUUAAAAAUGAUGGGAAAUUAUAGUGUGUGUCUGCUUGAAGAACUGCAUCGUAGCCUAAGCUCAUGAAUUUAUAUUUUUAGUUGUUUAUAUUUUAGUUAUCGAAGCGCCAAGCUUGCGUAUUUGUAAAUUAUUCAAUCCUUACGUUGGUCAAUUCGUUUUUAGCAUCUGUAUUUUAUGUAUAUUUAUUUACGCCUAAUUUACGUUUCUACUUCGACUACGAUUAUGUUUACACCAUAAGUUAAAGCUUUAAGUUCUGCUGCGCUGCUGAAGUGAAUAAAAUCAUAUGUGUACUAUA